AUGGCGCUGUCACAGGCGGUACUCGUGGUGAUUGUUGUGGGGGCUGCGCUGUUUGCGCUGCUGUUGGCACACCUCAUCAUGUCUCGACGCCGGGAUGACAAGCGACGAGGCGGGGCACCGGAUCACGGCGAUGACGAAGACGUUGAGCAACAACGGAAGCGUGCACACUCAUCUGCAAACAAGAACGACAAGCCUCCGCGUCGCAACAGCCGCAGAGCAUCCAGGCUCGCUGUGGCACCGUCCGAUACAGCAACCACGAGCAACCCCGUGUUUGAGCGACAACAAACAGCGGGGUCUGGCGUGCGCGUGACAGGGUUUGCCCGCCAAGACUCUUCAUUGUAG